AUGCUGCUGAAGCGUCCUGGACCCCCAGCUCUGGAACAAGCAGAGAAUGAGCCUGAGGAACCGUACGGGUGCGGCGUUCCCACCUACAAGCCUCUGACAUCCAGGGUGGUCAAUGGGGAGGAUGCAGCUCCCAACAGCUGGCCUUGGCAGGUGUCGCUCCAGUACACAUCUGGCGGAUACUGGUACCACACUUGCGGUGGAACCGUGAUAGCACCACAAUGGGUCCUGACCGCCGCUCAUUGCAUCAGGAAUGUUGAAGUCUCAUCCAAUACGUACAGAGUACAGGUCGGGAGGCACAACCUGAGACAGAGCGAACCAGAGGCCAGGACAAUCAGCGUGGUCAAACUCGUUAACCACCCCAGGUGGAACUCCGCCUUGCUGUCCAAAGGAAAUGAUAUUUCCCUCAUCAAGCUGGCCGAACCCCUGGAAUAUAAUGACAUCAUCCAGCCAGCCUGCUUGCCCGCUGCCGGCCACAUCCUGCCCCACAAUUUGGGCUGUUAUGUUACAGGCUGGGGAAAUGUUCAGACUGGUGGACCCGCACCCGAUGCCCUGCAGCAAGGUCUUCUCCUGGUGGUGGACCACGCAACAUGUUCUCAGUCUGACUGGUGGGGACGUAGUGUGAACACCAUUAUGAUCUGCGCUGGCGGAGAUGGAAUCGUGUCCAGCUGUAACGGAGACUCCGGUGGACCCCUGAACUGCUUGAACGAUCAAGGCUCAUGGGAGGUCCAUGGUGUCGUCAGCUUCGGCUCCUCUCUUGGAUGUAACUACUACAAGAAGCCCUCUGUCUUCACUCGUGUCUCGGAGUACAACAGCUGGAUCAGCACGACCAUCGCCUCCAACUAGAGACCCGUGGGAUCCGAAAAUCAGAAUGAGACAUCGAUGUUUUCCAAUCAUUUUAUAAUUUAUGUUUCUUAAUUUGCAAACUGAGGAUUGAUAAAUCACAUUGUUAUUCAUUUCUGUAAUAAUAAAAUUAUGAAUUGUCAUUUACCGGACACAUUGAUAUACAGUAAAGUUAUUUAAGGGGGUCAGUUACAGUUACAUUGAGUUAUGUGCUAUGCUCUGUACCCGG